AUCAUGGACCAUGUCCACGAGUAUCGCGAACCGUCGGUCGGCCAACUACAUGUUUUGUUCUCCUGUAUCAUACGACAGGCUCGACCUCGGACUUCCACAUGCUGACAUGCGAACAACACGUCAACGAGUGACAGGCUUGCAAAGCUGAGGUUUUUCAGUUGGGGAGUGGAUAUAAUAAUAUGAGGGAAAUUCAGUUACUUUCCACCCAAACAAGUCGCUAUUGUGGCGCCCACUUAACUAUUUUUUUAAUUAAUUUCAAUUAUUUUAUUUUAACAAAAUAAACAGAAAUUAAAAAUAAAUAAAAAUAACAGCCCAACGGGGAGUCAGAGUGGCAGGCAAAUGCCUCCGAUUUGCCUCUACCUCCGCUCACUCGACUCCGAUCGUCGCCCUCUUGCCAUGGCCACCAUGCUCCUCCGCUCAGUUCCGUGAAACAUUCGGCAUCUCAUCGUCAUUCCAAUGGCAUCCGCUUCGGUGGAAGAAUUGGAGAAGGGACUUGGCCCAAAACUCAGCCUAAAACCUCUCAAUCUAGCCGAGCCUUCUUCCGUCGCUUCGCCAAGUGCAGUAACAACUUCUUCCCCCACGCCCUCCCUGGUUCUUUCGAAUUCGGGCAAAGCACUUGUGGUUUCCAACUCCGGCAAGGCCCUGGUUUUGUCGAAUUCUGGUAAGAGGAUCGAUCAGGCAGGAAAGAAGAAGUACGUGAAGCAGGUGACAGGCCGCCACAAUGACACCGAGCUCCACUUGGCAGCACAGCGGGGUGAUUUGGCAGCAGUUAAGCAGAUCCUUGGCGAGAUCGAUGCCCAGAUGAUGGGGACUCUCAGCGGUGCAGAUUUCGAUGCUGAGGUGGCAGAGAUAAGGUCCUCCGUGGUCAAUGAGGUCAAUGAGUUGGGAGAGACAGCGCUGUUUGCCGCGGCCGAGAAGGGACAUCUCGAUGUGGUGAAGGAGCUCUUGCAGCAUUCUACGAAGGAGGGAACUGCAAUUAAGAACCGGUCUGGGUUUGCCCCACUGCAUAUCGCCGCCAGCAGCGGUCACCUAGCCAUUGUCCGGGUGCUCUUGGAAUAUGAUCCUGGGUUGAGCAGAACUCUUGGCCCAUCAAAUGCAACACCUCUGGUAUCUGCAGCUGCAAGGGGACAUACAGAAGUCGUCAAAGAGCUGCUCUCAAAAGAUCCUAGCUUGCUAGAAAUUGCUAGAUCCAAUGGGAAGAAUGCAUUGCAUUUGUCUGCGCGCCAGGGGCAUGUUGAUAUUGUGAAGUCAUUGCUCGAGAAGGAUCCCCAACUGGCAAGAAGGACGGAUAAGAAAGGCCAAACUUCAUUGCAUAUGGCUGUUAAAGGGGUUAGCUGUGAAGUGGUGAAGUUGCUCCUUGGAGCCGAUGCAGCUAUAGUGAUGCUUCCUGAUAAGUUUGGCAAUACAGCAUUGCAUGUAGCUACUCGGAAGAAGCGUGCUGAGAUUGUCACUGAGUUGCUACACCUCCCCGAUACAAAUGUGAACGCGUUGACAAGAGACCAUAAAACAGCUCUUGAUAUAGCUGAGGGACUUCCCCUCUCGGAAGAGACCGCAGAGAUAAGCGACUGCUUGACCCGAUGUGGUGCCAUAAGGGCCAAUGAAUUGAACCAGCCACGUGAUGAGCUCAGAAAAACUGUGACACAGAUAAAAAAUGAUGUACAUACCCAACUUGAGCAGACUCGGAAGACUAACAAGAACGUGAACGGGAUUGCAAAAGAGUUGCGGAAGCUUCACCGUGUAGGGAUCAACAACGCUACCAACUCUGUGACAGUUGUUGCGGUGUUGUUUGCAACAGUUGCAUUUGCUGCCAUUUUUACAGUUCCAGGUGGAGACAAUCCCGACGGGAUGGCUGUGGUAGUGAGCAGCACAUCAUUUAAGAUUUUUUUCAUCUUUAAUGCUGUCGCGCUCUUCACUUCAUUGGCUGUUGUCGUGGUACAAAUCACUCUUGUCAGAGGAGAGACUAAAUCUGAGAGGAGGGUUGUGGAGGUGAUCAAUAAGCUGAUGUGGCUUGCCUCUGUUUGCACUACAGUGGCUUUUAUUUCUUCAUCAUACAUCGUGGUCGGUCGGCAUAACAGGUGGGCUGCUAUUCUUGUGACAGUUAUUGGUGGAAUUAUAAUGGCUGGAGUUCUUAGUACUAUGACUUACUACGUGGUGAAGUCGAAACGAAUCCGAGCAGUACGGAAAAGAAUGAAGUUUUCUAGAAGCGGAACCAACUCGUGGCGUCAUUCAGAAACUGAUUCGGAGGUAAACCCGAUUUAUGCCAUAUAAGCUGGCAUUUCUGAGGAAGUUCUUACACCUGGAUGAGUAGCAGACACAAGCACACGCUUGUUUGUACUGAAACUGGCUCUUCUUGGUGUAUAUUAACUGAAGGCAGUAAACAUCCGGAAUGAGUUCGUUCGGUGCUUUAAGCAUUUGCAAUUUGUAGUUCCCGCGGGCGCAAGUUGUCCUCUGGGAGGACUUACCCUAAGUAAAUUAAGCAUAUUCUAUGACGAGUUAAUUGUUAUCUACCGGUGUACUCACUGCUGCUUCAUUUUUUAAACCAAUAGUGCAUGUAUCGUUGUUUAUCUCAUUAUCUUCUCUUC